AUGACCGAGUCACGAAGCGUUUCCCCGCACUGGACCUUACUCUCUACCACCGCGACUUGGCCGCGCCCAGACGCUGAAGCGAUCCAACGCGCCUGCACAUCCCCCAGACGAUCAAUCUACGCCGCAACACCCGCCGAAUAUUGGCCUAUUCAGAUCCCGACCGAGGCGUGCGCCUUGACUGUCACUCUUUUCCGUAUAUCAAUCCACGCGACGCCAAGUCGCGCAACUGUUUUUUCAGCCCUAGCGCUCAUCCAAUCGUCAAAGCACGCCAUCCAAGUCCCUUUCGUGAUGUUCGAAGACGCUUGCUGCAUGUGUGGUAAGCCCACAACUGGAAGUUUGUACUGCAGCAACGCAUGCAAGUCUCAAGACUAUUACCCCAACCUGGACGACACGCCCUUGCUGAUCCCCUCGCGGCCUCAGCACUCGCUUUCGUCGUCGCCUACGUCUUCGGUCAUGACCACUCUCUCUAUCACCGACGAUCUUCCGCCCCAGGUUCAGCCCUCGGCGCCUGCUUAUGGAACCACCACUGCCGCUGCGGUUGCUGCCGCAUUCGCACGCACCAGCAUGCCCCCCACACCGGGCGAUGCGCCGAAGCGGACCCAGAACAGCAAGUACACUAUGCCCUUGUUUCAGCCGGCGAUCCAAGAAGCGACCUCACCGGCCCUUGCUCCUCGCAAGCAUCGUCCCCAACCGACGAUCGAUGUCGAGAACACCCUGCACUAUGUUCGGCGAGCUGCCCACCAGCGCUCGGCGUCGAGCAGCACCACGAGCCUGCUCUUGUCCCCAGCACAGUCGUCCCAGGACCAUGCAAGCUACAAUGAGCAAACGAUGCGCAACAUGCGAAAGCAACAGCGAGCGAGUCUCCCCGCAUACUUUUCGCUUUUGGAAACGCCUAUGAUUGCCCAAAACGAAUCCGGCAUCGAGGCGUGGGCUAUGCCCCAGCCCCACUACCCGAAGCCGGCCGAGGUCGCUGAGAGCGCAAGUCUCACGCCCACCGUCGAUCACCGCGGACGAUCUCGGCUUCAGUCCCGGAGCCGAUCCCGGGGACGUACGUUCACUCGUCGCUCCAGCCACGGUGCUGCGCCCCUGGAGGCUGUCCAAUCUGUUGUGCAGAGGGGGAGGAGCCGCAUCCCUCGCGAUCUCGAGGCACGAGCGUGCUACACGACGCCGCUCGCAUCCGACUCUGGUAGCGUCUCGCCCACAUUGGUAGCGAGCCUCCCCGGCAGCCCGCCCGACGAGAGCGUAUCGGUGCAGUUCUCGCUGCUGUCCGAGACUGAAGGGUAUACGUAUCCGUACACUGAUUCGUAUCAGUACCCUCUGCCAGUAGACCUGCCACUUCCAUUGCCAUUGUCACUGUCACUGCCACCAGAGACGGCGGGGACGUUGAGCGGCGCAGCGACAGCGACAAUAGAAGCGGGGCGCAAGCGCAGACGAAUCGACACGGAUUAUCUCAUCGACGACGGACAGCCAGACCCAGACCCACAUUCAGAUUCAGAUUCACACCCACGGCCCUUGAAACUCCCCCGCCAGUCGCUCGACAUCUCUGUCCCUGACCACGAUCGCCGCCCGAUGCGCUACACAACACAUACAGAUGAUCCUAAUGGCACCCAGUCCAACAAUGGGUUCGCCACUAAUGGCAAGUCCUCGUCUUCGUCGUCUUCCCCCUCGUCGCUGGCGCUUGUUCAGCCGCCCUGGUCUACCCUCUACAAGGACUCGGUCCACGACAGAGAGCAAGUUGUUCGUACUAUACUCCAGGCGUUGAGGGAUGUCGGAUAUACCGAAGCGGCUGCCACGCUCGAGCGCGAUCGGGCUACCAACUCGAGUCGGAGGAUGUUUCCAGCUCCGCCAUGCCGUCACACACGGUCUCUGGGACGAGGCUCCGGCGUUUCUGCGUCGCCUGGCGUGGCGGGCGAACACGAAAGUGGGGCUGAUGUGAUGGAGCGCGCACAUUGGGACGGUGCUCUGGGGACAUCUCGGCCUAAACUCCUGGCAGAACUCCAACGGUUAAUUUCCCCUUCCAUUAUGCUUCCUCCACGCCGUCUCGACACCCUACCUCUCAUGCAAGGUCUUUCCCAACGUUCCUCAUGCACCCACCAUGCCGGAAGCCAAGCCGACAAGACCUUCCGCUCGCUCUAUGUCAACCACUCGUGUAGCCGAACUCAAUUUCCGACCCUUGCCACGCACAUCCUCGCCGAGCACCUCGAUGAAGUCUGGCGCCUCGAAUGGAGCCAUGACGCCGCUUUUUGGCAUCCGCUAGCCAACAAGACAGCGAUCAUCUGGAAGAUUGCUGAUCUGCAACCAGACGCUGACCCGACCACGCGAGAGUGUCUAGCCGAACGGGUUCUGUCUGGGCACGAGUAUGCGUAA